CAAUUUCCCAUGAUGCAUUACGUUUCGGUGACGAGUUACACGCGCUGCGCCAGCUUCCCCGUGUCAGGACUUUUCACGUGUCUAUAACGUUUACUCCUCACUGAUUACCGGAGACUUUGUGCACUUCUUAUCUACAGCCACUCAUCUCCCGAUCCCCGCGCGGCUGUAACUGUAAGGAGCGCGAUGUUGUCCGCGGUACCGAAACGUUUGCUCAUGCGCAGGUCCCGCAGUCUGUCACCCUGUCGCCUCCUCCAUACCGACCCCGGGCAAGCUAAUGUGCGCCGUCCCAAUGUGGACGACCUUCAAGCUUCUGUGAGGAGGAAUCCGGGGAUUUUCGCGUCCUGCGCCUCCAGCAAUUGUACGUUAAUGAGGGAGCGCGAGGAAGCGUGUAACAACACCGGGAACCUUCAUGCGCAGUACCGGCAGUUAGCCAGUAGGUGGCGCACGAGCCUGGAAAGUCGGAGGAGCUCGUGGGCGGCGCUGGUCACCGCGGGGCACACCGGGUCUUACCGGGAGGAGAGGGGGGGCCAGAACACCGGGUACAGGGGAUGGAGAGGAGCAGCUUCAGCAGGAGUUCUAUCCACUGGCGCCCUGGUCUUCUGCUUCAACAAAGACAACAACAAAAACACUGCUGAAGCUCUUCUGAAUGCAGCCAGAUCCAACAAUGCAGAGGAGGUGAAAAGGUUGCUAGCAGAUGGAGUUGAUCCAAAUACUCGUCAUCAUCUCGGUUGGACUGCUCUAAUGGUUGCCUCCAUGAAUGGACAGCACAAUGUGGUGAAGGUUCUGUUGGAGUCCGGUGCUGAUCCGAACCUUGGAGACGACUUCAGCAGUGGUUACGGAACAGCACGUGGUAAAGGCAUACACUCACUGGAGGUGUUGGUGACGAGGGAGGAUGAGUUCAGUAAUCGUCUCAGCGCUCGAGCCAGUUUCCGUGGUUGCACACCACUUCAUUACGCUGUCCUCGCUGAUGACCUCCGCACUGUGCGCAUGCUCCUUGAUGCAGGUGCGAACCCCCUGCAGGUGAAUGAGCUGGGACACACUCCACUGUCUUACGCUAAAGAGGGAGAGAUGCACACACUGCUGAAGGAGCGUGAGGAAAAGUUUAAGGAAGAACAGAAGCAGAGGGAGGUGGAGGAGAGGAGGAGGUUUCCUCUGGAGUACAGACUAAAGGAGCACAUCAUCGGCCAGGAGGGGGCCAUCGCUACUGUUGCCUCAGCUAUCAGGAGGAAGGAGAAUGGCUGGUAUGAUGAAGAACAUCCCCUUGUCUUCCUCUUCCUCGGCUCUUCAGGAAUUGGUAAAACGGAAUUGGCAAAGCAGGUGGCUCGUUACAUUCACAAAGACAUCAAAAAGGGUUUCAUCAGAAUGGACAUGUCAGAGUUCCAGGAGAAACACGAGGUGGCUAAAUUUAUCGGUUCUCCACCGGGGUAUGUCGGUCAUGAGGAAGGCGGUCAGCUCACUAAACUGCUGAAGCAGUGUCCGAACGCUGUAGUGCUCUUUGAUGAGGUGGAUAAAGCACAUCCUGAUGUCCUCACCAUCAUGCUGCAGCUUUUUGAUGAGGGACGUCUGACAGAUGGGAAAGGGAAAACCAUUGAAUGCAAGGAUGCCAUCUUCAUAAUGACCUCCAAUGUGGCAAGUGAUGAAAUUGCCCAGCAUGCGAUACAGCUCAGACAGGAAGCUCAGGAGCAGAGUCGUCGCCGUCUGGCAGACAGUCUGGAUGAAGUCCAGCAGAGUGAGAAGAUUACCAUCUCUAAGAAGUUUAAAGAGGAAGUGAUUCGCCCCAUACUGAAGGCCCAGUUCAGACGGGAUGAAUUUCUGGGACGAAUUAGCGAAAUCGUUUACUUUUUGCCUUUCUGCCACUCUGAGCUUAUUCAGCUCGUAAGCAAAGAGCUCAACUACUGGGCAAAAAAGGCCAAACAGAGGCACGACAUCAACCUGCUGUGGGAGCGAGGCGUGCUGGACCUGCUGACUCGAGGAUACAACCUUCACUAUGGCGCUCGCUCCAUCAAACAUGAGGUGGAGCGUCGGGUGGUGAACCAGUUAGCAGCAGCAUACGAGCAGGAGCUCCUCCCUGAAGGCUGCACGCUCCGCCUCACUGUGGAUGGAGAACUGCAAAAUGAAGAGGAGGAACAAGGGAGUCCAUCUCUCCGCCUGGAGAUAGUGGAUAAAGACAGCAAAACACGAAAGCUGGAAAUUCGUCAACCACAAAACCCAGAGCAGGUGGCAUACAGGCACUAACUAACCUCCUGUCAAACACCCGCUCACCUCCUGUCAAACACCCGCUCACCUCCUGUCAAACACCCGCUCACCUCCUGUCAAACACCCGCUCACCUCCUGUCAAACACCCGCUCACCUCCUGUCAAACACCCGCUCACCUCCUGUCAAACACCCGCUCACCUCCUGUCAAACACCCGCUCACCUCCUGUCAAACACCCGCUCACCUCCUGUCAAACACCCGCUCACCUCCUGCUGAUCUCCUGAGUGAUGUAUCUAUAUAGUUGUUAUUCCUGAUGAAGAGACUCAUCCUGGAAGCACCAGCAUGCUGGACGCUAAAUACAAUGCUUCUGAAAGGUCUACGUUUCUGUUCAGACCAAAGGACAGUUAUGGAUUUUUCAGAACCAAGGAAAUUCUGCAGAACUGAUGCAGCAUUGCUUCAUACUUUGGGGAUUUAAAAUCUUCAUCAUCUGUGUGUCACUGCAGACACAAAAACAUGCCAAAUAAAUAUAAAUGUGCAAAAAUAUUACUUAAAAUAUCCGAAAAUAAUUUUGUUUAAAUUUUUUAAUAUUAUUUGUUUAUUCGAUAAACAUGAACUUUUUUUAUUAAGAUUUGUUUUUUUAAAUAAACACACAUGAAAGUUUUUAUUAACAUCACUAAAGUACAUGAAAUCACAUUUACUAAUAAAACUAAAUAAUAAUUUCA